CUUUGCUUCGUCCAAAUAGCUCAGUUGAUAAUAGGGCGUCUUGGAGUGCCGUUUCGUCGUCAGUGAAAUAAAUUUUUAACUUGCCAGCGUCACUAAUUCGUUCGCAGAAAUGGCUUCAAAUAAGAUUGACAUGAGUUUGGACGAUAUCAUUAAGUUGAAUAAACCUCAAAUGAAAACCGGUCGACGAAAUGUCAGUCAACAACAGCAGCCAAGAAGAUUCAACAACCAGCAGUUUGCAUCUGGGGGCUACAAUGACAACCGGCAGAAUCGAAAUUUUGGGGUUUCUAGGGGAAGAGUGACCAAAACGUCGCCUAGAUACAAUAAUAGACAAUCAAACAACAGUUCAGAUUCCACAUGGGUCCAUGAUAAAUUUGAUGAUUUUAAACCAAAUGUUUUGCCACCGGUCCCGGUCCAACGACCCACGUCGACGAUCAUUAGGAUAUCCAACUUGAACUACACUGUCAGUGAUCAGGACAUCAAGGAGCUGUUUGGUGAAUUCGGUUCAAUGAUCCGAUCAAGUUUGAACUACGACAGAUCAGGCAGGUCGUUGGGGUCAGCAGAGGUCGAGUACUCGAAUAGGGAAGCUGCCAUGAAGGCCUGUGAACAGUACAACAAGGUUCCACUUGACGGGCUCCCGAUGGAGAUUGCCUUUGUUAGGAACAGCAAUCCGCAGGACAUGGGCAGUAGGUUGGGUGCUAAGAAGAAUGUCGAGCCUUAUAGCAGGAAUAACUUCUCAGUGCGUGGAAGGUUCCAGAAUAAUAACAACAACAGGGGCAGCAGACCCAACCAGCAACGACCUCGGCCUCAGCAGCAGCAGGGUCAGAGGGUGAAGAAGGAGGAUUUGACUAAGGAACAACUGGACGCUGAUUUGGAUGAUUAUCUUAAUAAGAUGGAUCAUUAACUGAAAAAUUCAAGAAUAUUAUCAACUGAUCAAAAGGCGCGCGAGAGAUUAAUUAUUAUUAAAAUGUUUCUAUGUAGGAUGAAAAAAGACAAAAUAAAACAUUCGAAAUGUGUGAGUGAAUAAAAGUUAAUAAUAAUUUAUUAACUUAUUUGUUCUCAAGUAACUUAUGAACCGAGUAGUUAACAUUUUCCACUUCUGUGUUUACUAUCUUCUAAUGUUGUCAUUCAUUUUAUUAUUUUUAUAGUGUGCGUACCAUUCAUUCUGUGGUGUGGUGAGAUGAGGUGUAAGUCUAGACAUAGCGAUCUCGAUAUUAUCUUAUCUCAUUUUGUAUCUUUCGAGUUCAGCCGUUCGUUCCUCUGAAUGAUCGGAUGCCUACAGGAAGAUGAAAAAUAAAAUGUAGAUAACAUCAAGGCUGCUAUUUCUUUCUUAUUAAAUUCUCCACUACAUGUUCGCUGCUCUGAACUAAUUGCAUUAAUGGAUGGUUUAUUUGAAUAUUAACUAAUUGACCGUCUGAUUUAUGCGAAUGGAUUAUUUUCUUAACUGUCGGGAUAUCCUUAUUCUAUAUUCCCGAUUUUUAAAUCCGGAUUAAGUUAAUUAAUUUAAUGUAUAAAAACGUGUUGGAUAUUUAACAAUGUUGAAUUGAAUUCGAGCUGUGGAUUAUUUUAAUGUGAGAAUGGAUUUUUAACGAAUAAAAAGGUUUCAACGA